GACGGCGCAGAAAUACCUGGAGACCCGAGCCGUAACAGCCUACAGAACGUGGUCCAGCACAAUCCCUGGGAAGGUGGAGUUCUUUUCCAGCGAGGGCUCAGAUACCUCCCUUCCGAUCCCCAUUGUGUCGCUACCUGGAGUAGAUGACUCUUACCCACCACAGAAGAAAUCGUUUAUGAUGCUCAAGUACAUGCAUGACCACUAUUUGGACAAAUAUGAGUGGUUCAUGCGAGCUGAUGACGAUGUUUAUGUUAAAGGAGACAGGUUGGAGAACUUCCUGCGGAGUUUGAAUAGCAGCGAGCCCCUGUUCCUUGGGCAGACGGGGCUAGGUACGACUGAAGAAAUGGGGAAGCUGGCUCUGGAACCCGGAGAAAACUUCUGCAUGGGGGGCCCAGGGGUAAUCAUGAGCCGAGAAGUGCUUCGGAGAAUGGUCCCUCACAUUGGGGAAUGCCUUCGAGAGAUGUAUACUACCCAUGAGGACGUGGAGAUCGGCAGAUGUGUGCGAAGAUUUGCAGGAGUGCAGUGUGUCUGGUCUUAUGAGAUGCAGCAGCUCUUUUACGAAAACUAUGAGCAGAACAAAAAAGGUUACAUCAGAGACCUCCAUAAUAGCAAGAUCCACCGCGCCAUCACUUUGCACCCCAACAAAAGCCCACCUUACCAGUACCGGCUUCACAGCUACAUGCUGAGUCGUAAAAUAGCAGAGCUGCGAUACCGGACCAUUCAGCUGCACCGGGAGAUUGUCCUCAUGAGCAAAUAUAGCAAUACAGAAGUCCACCGAGAUGACCUUCAGCUGGGAAUUGCACCUUCCUUCAUGCGAUUCCAACCGCGCCAGCGUGAGGAGGUUUUGGAGUGGGAAUUCCUGACCGGAAAGUAUCUGUAUUCCACAGCAGAUGGGCAACCACCUCGCCGAGGCAUGGACUCUUCCCAGCGUCAGGCCUUGGACGACGUUGUGAUGCAAGUCAUGGAGAUGAUCAAUGCAAAUGCCAAGACUAGGGGGCGGAUCAUCGACUUUAAGGAGAUACAGUAUGGCUAUCGAAGAGUUAGUCCCAUGUAUGGGGCUGAGUAUGUCCUUGACUUGCUCCUUUUGUACAAGAAGCACAAGGGUAAGAAAAUGACUGUCCCUGUUCGGCGACACGCAUACCUGCAACAGACCUUCAGCAAAGUCCAGUUUAUGGAACAUGAUGAAAUGGAUGCCAAAGACCUGGCCAGUAAAAUCAACCAGGAUUCAGGAUCUUUGUCCUUUCUCUCCAAUUCUCUUAAGAUGUUUGUCCCAUUCCAGCUAAGCAAGUCAAAAUCUGAGAAGACAGAACCCAAAGACCAAAAAAUCAACAUCUUAAUUCCUCUUUCUGGACGUUUUGAUAUGUUUGUGCGCUUCAUGGCCAACUUUGAAAAGACUUGCCUUAUUCCUAACCAGAACGUCAAAUUGGUUGUCUUGCUAUUCAACUCCAACUCAAAUCCUGAUAAGGCAAGGCAGGUGGAACUGAUGAGAGACUAUCGUAUGAAGUAUCCCAAGGCAGACAUGCAGAUCUUGCCUGUUUCUGGAGAUUUUUCCCGAGCUCUGGCACUCGAAGUAGGGUCCUCUCAGUUUAACAAUAGGUCUCUGCUCUUCUUUUGUGAUGUUGACUUGGUUUUCACAGCAGAGUUCCUCCAACGAUGUAGAGCCAACACAAUUUUAGGGCAACAGAUUUAUUUUCCAAUCAUCUUCAGCCAGUAUGAUCCAAAGAUUGUCUAUAGUGGGAAAGUUCCAAGUGAGAAUCACUUUGCGUUCACGCAGAAAACUGGUUUCUGGAGGAACUAUGGCUUUGGAAUUGCCUGCAUUUACAAGGAGGACCUCAUUCGGGCAGGGGGGUUUGAUGUUUCUAUCCAAGGCUGGGGUCUUGAGGACGUGGACUUGUUCAACAAGGUGAUUCAGGCUGGUCUCAAGACGUUCCGGAGCCAAGAGGUUGGCGUAGUCCAUGUACAUCACCCUGUCUUUUGUGACCCUAACCUUGAUCCAAAACAGUAUAAAAUGUGCUUGGGAUCCAAAGCAUCAACAUAUGGUUCUACGCAGCAGCUAGCUGAACUGUGGCUUCAAAAAAAUGAGCCAAAUUUUGGAAAGAACACAGUUGCUAAUGGUUCCCUGAGGACAGCUUAAUAUCCUGGGAGAGGGGAGGAAAAAAAAGACACUGUAUUGAAUUUUUUAAAAUUGCCCUAAUUUAUUUUUUGUUUUGGGGAAAAUGUUUUGAUAGUUCAUUUUUUAAAAUGACCGCACAAGGGUAUAUUUUAGAAAUCAUCGUUUUCUUACAAGGACCUUUCCACCUUUUUUCUGAACAAAACUGUGAUCAACCUUUGCCUUUUGGAAAAAAUAAUAAUAAUAAUAAUAACUGGGGCUAAAUAUUAUGACUUGCCUGGUUCUGACAACUUGAAAUAAGUCUCUUUUUUUUGUUUUCCUUUUUUGGCUGAUAAAUGGACCAAAAAAAAAGAAAAAUCAAGGAGAAAAAAUCUCAGCAACUCUACACAUGGUACUUUCAUUGCUCAUUUAGUUGCCUGGGCUGUUCCAGUAGCAAUUAAAUGCAAGGUGGCAUAAAUGAUUCACUUACUUUUCCCCCAUCUGCAGGAGUGUGUGUGUGUGUGCGCGCGCGCGCGUGUGUGCGCCCGUGCGCGUAUGUGUGUAAUGUUGAUUAAUUUGCCUUCAAGAAUGUUUCAUUUGGUUGCCUGUUUCAGCCUUAAAAUGUCUUUUUGCUCAAAAUGUUUUCAAGCAACCAAAACAGAUGUGGAAAAUGAGCACGACGUUGAUUAUAAACACUGUUGUCUAAAAAAAAGAAAAGAAAAGAAAGAAGAAAAAAAUACAUUCUUUCUUGCCCAGGUCUAGAUCUGACGUUUUAAAAAAUCCAUAUCAGGUUCUAAGUUCGAAACAUGAUUUUUGUAUGAAACAGUAUUGAUGACAAAGAACAAAGCUUUAGUUAAUAGAGGAAUGGCCAUUCUGUGCCAGAAAAAGUAACAAAUGUAAAUCUGAAACACUCCAAAUUAAAUGUGUUUGGGAAAAUAUUUAUUUCCCCCACUGGUUAACAGUAUUCUGAUUGGGAACAAUUUGCUACAUUUCAUUUGCUUAGUUUUUUUGCUUUCUGUAUUGUGUAGGGUUUUAAUUUAUUUAAUAUCCUUUGUUUUUAGGUUCCUGUCUUUUUAUUUUUAAUAACUACUAGUCAUUAAUAUUUAUGUAUCCUAGAAAUGUAUUGCCUUUUCUUACUGUUUAAGGUAGCUUACAUCUUCUUACUUUGCAGUAAACCGUUCUCCAAAGACUCUUCUAAUGUCUCCUCUUUUAUUUGCUAAAAUGUCUGUCUUUCUUUUUAAAGAGUAAUUGGAAAACCUGGAUAUGGUUUUUGAUGCUCCAAAAUGUAUUUCAUUUUUCAGGAGGGGGACCGAAACUGUGAGAGAGAGGGAAAAAACCUGUAUCUAAGCACAGAGCAAAACGUUUAAAACUUGGGCAUGUUGUUGCAAAAUAAAAUGCAUUUGAAUAAAA